AUGGCGCCUCUUGUUCCAUCGCAGGGGGAGCUGCAGCGUCGCCGUCUCAUCGGUAUUAACGCAGAGACUGUCACCAACAUCCCAUCCACAGAUUUCCCUGGCCAUUGGCCUGGAGAGUCGCAUGGUUGGGCCCUCGACAAAUUCAAGAACGAUUUCAAGGUCGACUACCACCGCAAUGACCCGUACGAAGCCUCCUUCUCUUUGAUCGGUCUGGACGCUGCUGUCGCCAAUGCUUUCCGCCGCAUUCUGAUGGCCGAAAUUCCCACUCUGGCUAUCGAGACUGUCUAUGUUCACAACAACACCUCGGUCAUUCAAGAUGAGGUGCUAGCCCAGCGUCUCGGUCUCAUCCCGCUUAAGGGUUCUGUGGAGGGAAUUAACUGGAUGCACUGGGAGCAGAAGUCUCCCAGUGAUGAGGCAGCCGCUGCCCCCGAGCUCACCGAUUUCAACACUGUCGUCAUGCAUCUCGUUGUCGAGUGCACCAAGAACCCAGACGCUGCCGAGGAUGAGACAGACGCUCGUAAGCUGUUCCACAACGCCCAUGUUUACGCCAAGCACCUCACUUUUGAACCCGUUGGUCGCCAGGAGCAGUACUUCGUUGGCGAGGGUGCCAUUCGCCCUGUGAACCCGGACAUCCUGAUCGCCAAGAUGCGUCCCGGCCAACAAAUCGAGAUGGAACUGCACUGUGUCAAGGGUAUCGGUGCUGACCACGCCAAAUUCUCUCCUGUCGCUACCGCUUCCUACCGUCUCCUGCCGGAUAUCCAGAUCCAACGCCCCAUUAUUGGUAACGACGCGAAGAAGUUCGCCAAGUGCUUCCCUAAGGGUGUCAUUGGUCUCGAACCUGUCACUUCAGAGGAGGCUUCGCGGGCUGGAAGCGGCUACGAAGGUUACGCCGGUGAGAUGAAGGCCGUUGUGAAGGAUGCCUUCAACGACACUGUCAGCCGUGAGUGCUUGCGCCACGAAGAGUUCCAGGGUAAGGUGAAGCUGGGACGUGUUCGCGACCACUUUAUCUUCAAUAUUGAGAGCUCCGGCCAGUUCGAAAGCGAUACUCUGUUCCUGGAGGCCGUGAAGGUUCUGAAGCUGAAGUGUGCCCGCUGGAAGCGCGGUCUGGAUGAUCUGAUGGCUUAA